AUCGCGUGUUCCAUAUUUUUUUUUAUAUUCUCACCGUCUUUAUUAACAAUUGUUUUCUCAAUAUAUUCAUAUUUGAAGAAAAAAAAAUUCAUUCUCCUUCGCCUCGUGUCAUCUAUAAGUUUUAAUCAAGAAAUUAUUCUUUUUCAUCAUAAAAAAUAAAUUUCAAAAAAUUAAAAUCUAAAAAAUGGAGUUUGCCAGUCCAUUACAAACAAUAGAAAUGAUAUCAGCCUACACAUAUCUCACUCGAAUUAGCCGAUAUUUAAUAGUGAAUGGAAAUUUUAAUUCCUAUAGAAAUAAUGCAUUUGCAGCGAUAAAUGCAUUUAAUACAUUUAUAGAUUAUCCAUCCGAUUAUGAUGGCGAUCAAAUGGAUUUAACACGUGAAAUUAUAAGAGGAAGUGAUUUAUAUGGUGAAAAAAAUAAUGAACAACUUGAUCAAAAAUAUCUUGAUUUAAUGUUUGACUAUAUUGUCUAUACAGUUGUAUUUGAAAAUAAAUAUGGCAAUAUUUAUGGUUUUUUAGCUGAUAUUGUACGUAAAAAAGAAACAUUAAAUAUUAAAAAAAUUUUAAAAAAUGCCAAAAAUAUUUUAACUAAUUUAACAAAUAAUCGAAAUGAACCAAUAAAACUUGAUUCAAAUGUAAUACAUAAAAUAUAUCAUGGUUCAAUUGUACCAUUAUUUCCAAAAACAAAUAGAAAUUUAAAUUUAAAAUCAAUGGAUUUUAUUUAUGCACAAGCUGGUUGGUCAAUUUAUAAUUCUGAUUUAAUAAUGAAUAAAACAGAAUUUUUCUUUUCAUUAAAUAAAAUUAAAUCAAGUAAUGAUAAUUAUGUAUUUGAUGAUUGUGUGGAAAUUGCAAUUGCAAUUGAACAAUUAGUGAUAAUGGGAAAAAUUAAUAAAAAAGCAAUGAAAAUUUUUGCCCUACCGGCAUUAUUGCUUUAUGUUUAUAUUAAACGUGAUAAUCUUAAAUUAUUGGAAAUGAAUGAAAUUGUCAAUAGUGAGGAACAUUGGACAAUGGCUUAUGAAUUAUUAUAUCAACAUUUACGUGAUACAAUGGAUUAUUUGAAAAAAGCAUUUGAAAGUGAUUCAAAAUAUCAAUAUUAUUUGGCUGUUCACGAUUAUCAAGAUGAAAAAGUAUUGGCUGCACGUGAAAUUUUAAUGAAUUGUAAAUUAAAUAUUAAUUUAUUGGAAAAUGAAGUUUAUAGAUAUUUGAAUAAUUCAGAAAAUUAUACAUGUUUAAAUGAUACAGGAAAAUUGUUAAAAAAUGUUGGUAAAAUUUAUGAACAACAAGUGACAAAACUUUUGGUAUCAUAUAAUUUAUUUAUUAGAGAAAUGAUGUAUGAAGAUUAUGAUUUGAAAAAGAAAAAUAAUAAUAAUGAAACUAAUGGAAAUAAUUACAGAUUGAGAAGUAAUGGAAAAAUAUUUCAAUUUUGUAAUGAAUCAAUGACAACGAUAUUUGAAAUUGAUUUUUUUAAUACAUUACCAUUGUCAAGGGAUGGACUUGAAAAAUUAAAAAAAUUAUACAACGAAGAAAGAGCAAAAAAGGAAAAUUGUUUAUCAUCAUUUUUACCAUGUUUUGCCGGUAUUAUGGAAGGAAAUCCAAUUGAUACAUCAAUAAAUUGUCCAAUUAAUGGUACAAUACGUUCGCAAAUAAUUGAGAAUACAGAAAUUUUUAAUCAAUUCACAACAUUUGAUACACGUUUGGCAUUAAUUGAAUAUGGUACAUCAUUAAGGACAAUUGCAUUAAAAAAAUCAAUGCUCACAGCAUUGUCAAGAGAAAAUUUCAUUUGGAAUCGUGAAAUAAAUUUAUAUUUCGAUAAUUUUACAAAUAUUGGUAAUUUUGAAUUUCCCGUUAUUGAUCGUGGUUAUGAAAUUAUUAAUUUCUUAACAAACAGAGAUUAUAAGACAAUUAAUGAUUUAAUUAAUAAUGUUGAAGAAAAUUUUUUUAUAUCAUAUCAAUCAACAUCGCGUAAUUUUAAUUUAAAUAAUAUACAAAUUAUUGAAAAUUUGUCAGAUAAAAUUGAUACAAUUAUUGAUUAUGAUAUAUGUUUAAAGAGAUUUUAUGGAAAAAUUAAUAAUUAUUAUGGUUAUAGUUUUAUUAAAAUGAAAAAUAAUAAAAUAGCAGAAUUAAGAUUUGUUGGUCAAUCGAUGAAAAAAGAAUUUGUUCAAUUUGUUGGAUUAGCGGAAAAUAAUCAAAAAAUUUAUAAAAUUGUUGAUCUUGUAAGUCAAAAAUUAACAGGUCCUGAAUAUUAUCUUACAAAUAGUGGAUUAUUAUCAAGAAGAUGAAAAUAGAAAUUAAAAAAAAAAAAAUUUUACAGUUACAUAAAUAUUAUAUUAAAAUUUUACUACAAUAUAUAUUACGUAUAAGUGUUAAAAAAAUAUGAAUUAUAGAACUUUUACUUAAAUGUAAUUUCAAGUUUUCAAAAAUAAUAUUUUUGUAAAAUGUUAAUAGAAAAAGUGUCUUCUUCUUCUUCAUGAAUCUAUUUAAGAAAUUCUAAACAAAUUUUAUUAUCAAAAAAUCAUAAAUUAAAUUUUAUAACAUAAAAAAUAAAAAAAAAAUUUUUCAAAAAGAAGAACAUCUUUUUUUUUAUUAGUUUUUAUUACUAAAUUUCUUAUCAGAAUUGCUAUACAAUUAUGACAAUUUUAUUUCCCUAUUUUGCAACUUUAUAAGCCUUUGUUCAUUAGGAAUGUUUGUGAAUUAUUCCGCUUAUCAGCGGGAAAAAAAAUUGGCGGCAUUAAUUUUUAUUUUCCUUUUAUUAUUGUUUAAUUAUAGAGAUAUACAACAGUGUAUACAAGUAUAAAAGCUCUUGAAAAUUUUUGCACAAAAGAGAGAAACAAAAAAAAAAAAAUAUCGAAAAUGAAUUGUCAAAUAUUUUUUAUUUUUUUGGUUAUUUGCGUUUUUCUGUUUCUAAGUACAGUACAAGGAUGUUCAUUGCCUGGUCAGCCUUGUGAUCGUAAUCGAGAUUGUUGCCUUCAAAAAAUAUGUUAUCUUCGUCAAGGGCAAAGAGGAACUUGUGGCUAACAAAAAAAAUGAAGCAAAAAAAGUUUUUGUAAAAAUGAUAAUUUUUUUUUUUCAUGAAACAAAUUAAUGUGUGAUUUAAAAAAAAAUUCAUUAUAUUAAUCAUUCUAUUAAAAGACAUAAAUAAACAGCUAGUGAGAAAAUUAAAUUGUAAUAAUAAAUUGAUAAAUAAAAUAAUUUAAAAGUGACAA